UGACAAUCUCAGUUUCAAAGGGCUCCCCAAAAUCCUCCCAGAAAGCAAACACCCGUCACUUUCGCUGCAGCAAAUGGAAGGAACCCACUUGGUUCGACCGGCGGUUGCGGCUCUCGUCGCUUCUUUGGUUGCGGUCAGAGCUUACGGGCGGAAAUCGCUCGACUUUUCGGGGGCACUCGCCGGGUUCCUCGUCAUGGCCGUUCACAUCGCGGCUGGGUACAGGUAUGGGGCUAUGUUGCUCGUUUUCUUCUUCACUUCGUCGAAGUUGACCAAAGUUGGGGAGGAGAAGAAGCGCAAGGUUGACCCUGAUUUCAAGGAGGGUGGACAGAGAAAUUGGGUACAGGUCCUAUCAAAUAGCGCCAUUGCUACGGUUCUUGUCGUGGUUAUCUGGACAUUAACUGGAUGGAAGGAUGAGUGCUUGGACUCCGGAAAAUCAGCUCUGAUUACAUCUCUUAUUGGUGGUGUAAUUGGUCACUAUUCUUGCUGUAAUGGAGACACAUGGUCUUCAGAGCUCGGAAUUCUUAGUGACGAGCAGCCACGACUAAUCACGACCUUCAAGCCUGUGCGGAAGGGCACAAAUGGUGGCGUGACUGUUCAGGGACUAAUGGCUGCUGCAGCGGCGGGCGCUGUAAUAGGGAUAUCAUUCGUGCUUGUUGGAUUUCUCACAACAAAAUGCACGUUGGAUGUGGCUUUGAAGCAAUUAUUAGUGAUACCCCUGUCCACCUUGGCGGGACUUUGUGGGAGUGUCAUAGAUUCUCUGCUUGGAGCCACGUUACAGUUCAGUGGAUUCUGCACAGUUCGGAAUAAGAUUGUUGGUAAACCAGGGCCAACAGUCAAGAAGAUUUCAGGACUCGGUAUUUUGGACAACAAUGCUGUGAACCUCGUUUCGAUAUUGAUGACCACUAUGCUGACCUCCAUCGCCUGCGUGUACAUCUUCUGAAGUCAUCUUUUCUAGCUGAAUAGUUAUUGAUAGAUCGCGAAGGUAGUUCUCACGGGGCCCUAACUGAAUAACUCCCGUGAGAUUGCAAGUUCUUACAGGGCCCUAUGCGAUCAGGUAAUUAUUCCUUUUGUAAGCAGUGAACCGGGCAAACCUCAUAAUCCUUGUGAUGGUUCUUGAGUUGGCUACGAACUGAGGAAGUAUUGAAGACGACUGUUUCAU